AUGGUUGGUUAUAUGACAACUUCCCAAGCAAGAAAUUGAGAUGAUGUCGAAUAAGAAACCUAAUUUCUAAUCAGAAUAAAAGCUAGCUUUUUUCUCGUAAACUUUCCCACUAUUCAACCACUACUGUGGAGCUGUGAAGAUAUCCAGCCGCCGGGCCGCCGCUGACGAGUGGUUCAUUCAUUAAAAACCUGCAUCCCGUGCUGUCAGUUUGAUUCGCUCUCACCACCUCACUGUCAGCACCGACGACGAACCACAUGUGAAUCACGCACACUCCCGCAAGCUGGGAGCGAUCUUCGCUCGCAAUGUUUUGUCACACAACAGAGAUGCAGGGCCGCCCCAUGAAUGAAUCUUUUGUGGUGUGCGAGGGUGCUGAUGUCACCGGUACCGUUACGAUGCUGUGGCGGACCCGCCGGAUCGUACGGUCUUUACGUCAUCAGCUGAUGUGGGAUAGCGAGUGCUGGGCGGACCUGAGAAUGAUAGUCCUUGCAAGGGUACGGUCGCUCUCGCUCUCCGCGGUUCUCUGAUGGUCCGUCGAUGUGUUUUGUCUCGCCGCGGCUCCAUCGUUCGUACGUGCAUCUGUCAGUUAGUUGUCAAAAUUCAGUGUGGAGAGAGGUGGUGUGAAAACGAGAAAAGCCUGUGUCCAUUGCAGCAGACCUUCGACGACGGGAAGAAAAAAGUCACAAAAGUGGUCAAUUUUGAGCCCCAAAGGAUGAUAGAUUCCGCAAGAAAUCGGUCCGGUUGUGUUGUACGCGGUGGGGUCUAUUAAAUCGAGUUAGAUUCGGAGGCUUAUCGCAUCAUUCCGGUGCAGGAUUUGAGGAUCUGAGAUUUUGUCUCGCGAGGAUUUUUUUUCUGCUCACCAUCACACCAACUAGCGAAAAGCAGCAGCAGCAGCAGCUCAAGAAGUGUGUAGGGUGAAAAAGUUGUUAGUGGCCUACUCUCAGAUGUGCUAGUGCGGAAUUAUUGUUGUUUCGAAAUUGUCGGAAUUUUUACGUGCCGUGGUAAAUAUUGUGAGUUUCGGGACGAGAAUGGGCAUGCUGUGAGAGUUGUAUUUUUGAAUGAAUUACGACUGCAAUUUUGUGUUUAAUCACACGCUAACGAGGGUUUGUUUACGGCAGAAGAGCCUACAUGCAAAUUUCUACCCUAGAGGAGUGACAAAAGUGUUCCGAGAGUCGAUACCUAGAAGCAAGCAAUAGCAACAACAGUAGCAGCAACAUAAGCCUGAAGGAAGAUCUCGGAUGGUUUUGCGUGUGAGAAAAGAGGACGUCUCUCGGGUGUCGUGCCACCGUGCUGCGUUCGUCGUCGUCGUUUAGUGUGUGUUAUUGGAAGAUCGCAAAACAAGAAAAUGUGAGCUCUCGAAAAUACACGGCGCAGCAGACUGUGAACAUUUUGAUGACCUCCGGUGGAACGUUAGAAGAGCAAUACUCCUGCAGAAUUGUUGUCCCAAGGAUUCUCAUCUAUAGAUGAUCUUAUUGCUGGCAAAAUUUACAGGAUAUUCGGGCAAAAUUGUUGAUAAAAGAUCUUAUCGUGAAAUGUCGUCAUACUUUAUCGCUUAAUUGAGUCCUACUGAACAGUUCCGAAGACUGUAUACACUAUUGUGAAUGUAUAAGUCAACAGAAUCCCUGUAUAAACCACAAUGCAAAGAUUGGAGGCGGCAUCAUGUCAAGAAGCAGAUUACAUGUUGAAUGAUGCCUACUGUAAACUGAGAAAGUCUCCGUCGAGGCCGCCUACGCUGUUGAUCGAUCCGUCGCCGCAGUAUCCGAGUCUACCUAGUCCUAUCCUGAAUGACAGUACUCCGCUGUUUAACACCAGUAGCAGUAGUAGUGCAACGAGUCCGCUGCCAUCAUCGUCGUCCUAUGCGACCCUGAGCGGGAUCCACUCAACCUCGCCACCAGCGACGCUCCUGGCAACGCCCUCCUCGUUAUCGGUGUCAUCGUUCCUUGGCCCGGGAGGGAGCAGUUCAUCUUCCCAGCUUCUCAAGUCUUCUCUAUCAAGUGGCCCCUCGGGGAGCAGCUUAUCGUUAAGCAAUCAUCACCAUCAUCACAUCGAUAAGAGGGGAGCAACUGAUUCCGGCUACGUCAGUAGUUCCCCGUCAAAGAAAUCGAAACUAUCUUCCUCGGCCGGAUCGUUGACAGCUUCAGGGUCUUCAUCAAUCAACAGCUCUUCCACAGGUGCUAGUAAUUUCACCGGUAGCGGCAGUCACCAGCAACAUCAUCAUCACCAUCAACAGUACCACCAUCAGGGCAAUAGCAGCAACAGCAAUUAUGGACCGGCGGGGUCACCUCAGCAAACCGGUGCCGGAAGCUCUGGUGGUUCGGCAUCGACUGGUGGGAGCUCGAACCCUACCGGCAGGUUUAACAUACAUGACAAACUUAGGGAAUUGUAUCUUGAAUUACUAGCUGAGGACAAUACUGAAAGUAAUAGGCUAAACUUAAGAAAUACUUCAUUUCUGCUGGAUAAACUGGUGUUGCGAGAGAAUCUUAACACGCUGAUCAUAAAUCUCUACCCCGGCAAUAAAGGAUAUUCGUUGGCAUUUAGGAGAGGAACUGAACAAACUAACGAUGGAGGGCGAAAUAUCUCAAAAAGUGGUGCUAUAUCGUCGGAUCGGGCCGGAUCACCCUCGAUGGGGGCGCCGGCCACAAUGGAUAUCAACUCGGAGCAACUGCAGGAAACUAUUCGGUGGCCGUACGAAGAGGAGGAAUUGCUCGAAUGUAUCGACCGGGAAGAGAUCCCACUCGUGCUGGUGGACAUGUUCGAGAGCAAAUGUCCCGGCUUGUUCUACUCGGGCUGUGUGAUUGCGGAGAUCCGGGACUACCGGCAGUCGUUUCCGAUCUUUACCUGUGAUACGUACCAUGUGUUGCUAAAACCAACCAAUCAGACUCUACUGGCCGACGUGAACCUAAUAACGGCGGAAGGGGAAUGGAGUCCGGAAGAGAAAAUCGCUCUCGAAAGUCAAUUGGUGCUGGCAACGGCGGAACCGUUAUGUCUAGACCCAAACCCUGAGGUAGGAAUUAUGGCCAUUAAUCAGCAGCAUCGUCGUCACAUCUUCAACACGACACCAAUCCGAAGGCAGGCGAAAAAGUUCUCCCAGGUCGCCAUAAAUCGUAAGAGGAAAACAGAUCAGUUUACUCACAGCUUUGGACUGGAGCUGAGCGAUUUCAUGACAAAAUACCGAGCCAAGCCACGCCAGUACACGGCGAGCAAGCGAAGUGUGGUCAGCUUUACACUGCCGAAGAAGCCUUCCGACGUAACGCCAACGAUGAAGGUGCCAAGUCUCGACCUACCGGAACUGGCCCCGCCAACGGAGGUGAAUGUGGAAAAGUUCGCUCGAAAAUACGACGGGCCAAAGGAAAGUCGAGACUGCAUUCCGCAGCUGAUCGAAGAGUAUAUAUUGGAAACGGAUCGAGUGGUUAGUCGAGGGGACACUAGAAUAUACCAUAUAAAGCUGUCGAUUUUCCAACGACCUUCCAAUUCGGAAUACUUAGGCGAGCUGUACGUGGAUAGAGAUUACCAUGAGAACGAGCGAAACGGAGAAGCAUGCCAAUUUACCCUUGGAACGAGAGCACAUGCUCAUCGGUAUAUACAACAAUUUACGGAAAUAUUCACGGAAGAAGGGAGAAAGUCGGUUAAAAUUACACACCUGGUGCCAGGACAGGUGCCAAAGGUGCUUCAUACGGCUGGAAUGCGAGAACAGAGCGUUCAACAGCAACAGCAACAACAGCAGCAGCAGCAGCAGCAUCAACAGCAACAACAACAACAGCAGCAGCAACAGCAGGCAAUCCAACAGCAACAGGCUCAAAUUCAACAACAAAUUACCCAAAUCCAGCAACAAUUACAGUCGCAUCCGACGCAUGCUUUAAUUACUCGAUUGCAAGCUACCAAUCCUGCUUUGGUAUCACAAAUAGCAUCAGCUGGUGGUAACAUAACGAUAAAUACUACCAAUCCAGGUUCUUUGCCUGGUAACCAACAGCAAAUCCAAGUUCAUCAGCAGCAACAACCACAACAACAGCAAAUCACCCAACAGCAAAUCAUAACUGCUGGGCCGUCCACAAAUAUCAUCACCAUCGGUGGUGCGACGUUGCAACAGCAACAUCAGCAACCCCAACAACAGCAAAUUCACAUUCAACAGCAACAGCAGCAACUUCCAAAUCCUCUGCAGCAACAGCUGGUCGCCACCAGCGCUGGUCAUCAGCAAAUCUUUACCACCUGUGAUACCACCAGCAAUGCAGUACAGCAAUCCACCGGCACCACAAUUACUCUGCAACAGCAGCAGCAGCAACAACAACAACAUGUACAGCAAAUUCAAGCACAGCAACAUCAGCCCCAGCAACAAACGUUAAGUCUCAGCAACGGUUCGCUCCUGUUGGUGCAACCUUCGGGUCAAAUAUCGAACCUUACUACCGCCAAUGCUGGUACUCACCAAACAACUGCAGGUGCUAGUGGCAACGUUGCCACUGGAACGCAAAACAUCCAAGGCUUUACUUUUACCUCAGCUCCACAAACUGCCACUAUCAUCAAUCAGGGCGGUGCCACUGGCACUGCUACAGCUACUGGAAAUCGAGUCCCCUUGCUAGUGAGACUUGAGAACAAAGCUUCGCAACAUCUUCAACAACAGCAGCAGCAGCAACAACAACAGCAGCAAACUCAGCAUGUUCAAUCGCAGCAGCAAAACCAGAGCACGGCUACCACUAUUCAUACGAACAAUCCGGAAAUCAACGCAAUUGCUCUCAGCAUCAUGAACUCAGCUAAUCAAUUCAGACAGCAGCAACAACAACAACAGCAGCAGCAGCAGCAACAACAGCAACAGCAGCAGCAACAACAACAGCAACUUGUCAAGUCUAACUCGAAUGCUGCCAUAAUUAGUCUGCUGAACAGUGCUCCUGCUGCGAUGACAAAUUCAUCUGUGUUGAACAGCGGUUUGACUAUUCCGGUUGGGAAAACUACUGCGGAGUUGCAUCAGCAGCAGCAACAGCUUAAUCAGCAGCAACAGCAACAACAACACACUAUCCAUCACCAUCAAGUCACUGGAACCACAACGAUAUCGAGCAGCGCAGCCGCAGCUUUGUUCAACAGCGUUGGUGGACGAAAAAUACAGAUACAGCAACAACCGGGAGGUCAACGGAUACUGAACCACACGAAUCUGAUUGCCGUGAGUAGCAACCCAACGGGCGGAAGUCUUGGCCAAGCCCAGCUGAUAAACAUUCAGCCUGCUGCGGGCACAAAUACCAGCAACGACCAGCAGCAGCAGGUUGUUCACCAUCAGCAGCAGCAACAGGUUCAGCAGAUUGGCCAAGUCCAGCCUUCUAAUAUUCGGGUUACAAUGUCAGCGCUGGCGUCCCAAUUGGCAUCGCCUCCGGCAAUUCUGACCACUUCAAAUCUUCCCCAAAGCUUUAACGUAGUAACAGCUUCCGGCAAUGCAGCUGUCACUGGCCAAAAUUUUACCAAUGCAGCCAACAAUACUACCAGUAAAUUGAUAAUCAAUAGUACAAAUCAACGAAUACUGAACAUCAACACAAACAACGCGAACAACUCAAGCGCAGCGGCCGCCGUUGCUGCUGCUCUGGGGAUCAGGCGAGUAAGUGGAGCUACCACUGAUGGAAGCGGUGGCAUCCAGCUGCAGAUACAAGGGGCGGAUGGUAUUCGACGGAUUGCGACUGGCACCGGCAAUGACAUCCAACUCCAGAUACAGGGUAUAUCAUCGCCGGGAAGUGACCAUUCCAAUGCUUCCUCAUCGGCAUCGGUAAAUGUCGCUCCCGGGGCUGGUCCCAACGGUGGCACUAAUGUCGGAACAACAGCAGCCGGGGGAACCGGAAACAUAAUAUUCAACAAUAUGUCAGGUUUAAGUGCUUUACUAGCAACCACUUCUCCAUCUCCUCAACAACAAACCGCGGCCGUGGCGCCAGUCGUGGACAAUGGCACGACGCUCGGCGCCUCCAACCUAGGCAGUAGCAAUAGCAGUAGCAACAAUAAUAAUAAUAAUUCAGCAUUAAUCGAAAGACUGACUUCAUCUAGUAAUAUAAACCUAACUAAUAACCUCCCGACUGCGAGUCCCGGUCUGCAGUUCACGAUACCAUCGCCCAAAACGCCCCAACAAUCUCAGCAAUCUCAGCAACACCUGCAAAUCCAGUCACCAUCAUCGUCAUCGAUAUCACCGCUUUCUAGUCCUCCACCAACGGUGACCCUUCAUCCGCAACAACAACAACAGCAGCAGCAGCAACAACAACAACAACAACAGUCACAACAGCAGCAAAUCCAGCAGCAACAACAUCACCAUCAGCCCCAGCAAACGACGGUCAAUCUGCAGGGACUGAACUUUGCCAGUCUGCACGGUGCGAUGACGUCGAUUCCGGGGCUGCAGAACGUUCAGGUUCAAAUACCAGGAUUAGCCCAGCCAAUAUCACUAUCGCUGUCUUCUGCUCCGUCCACGGGAUCAUCGGCUGCUAGUGUACUGAAUGCGGCAAACAAUGCUGCCGCUGGCGGUAGCACAGGUCAUCAUCAAACCACUAGCUUAUUGGUGUCCGUGCCGGUGUCAAACGCCGGUGCCGGAGGUAAUCAGUUGAAUUCCUUGAAUGCCGUCGGAAACGCAGGUACGACCCCAGGCGUCUCAGGAACCGCUACCGUGGGUAAUGCAGCUGCCAAUAUACUCGGUGCAAACUCCCAAACCACCACCCAAACGGUGGUGCUUGCCAACCCUCAAACCAGUGUUGGCGGAUCUAGUCUGCUCUCUUUGCCAAUUGGUAAGUUGUACGGAAGAAUACAGCGCAAUGGUGGUUCUAAUGUCGACUGUCAUACUGCAGCUCAAAUCGUGACUUCCGGUAUGAAAGGCUUAGGCCAGCAAAGCAUACGUGCUGCUACACCGUUGACGGUGAACACCGGACAACCGGGUCAGCAAAUACAGUUACUAAACAUCAGCCAGCGAGCGCGCAGUGGACAACUUCCGGUGGUUUCAUCCGUUACUACUCCAAUUACGGCCAAGCAGAUUGCAGCGCGUGUAGCAGCACAGCAACGCAGCAUGACCGGGUCAACGCUAAAAAUAGCCACUCCAAUUACAGCCACACAUCACAACCAGCAAUUGGGUCAAACGCUGAAUGUAACGACGAAUGCUGCCCCGAACCAACUUGUGAUGACCACCAAACAACUUCAUCUAAAGCUUCAACAACAACAGCAACAACACAUUCAGCAGCAGCAGCAACAACAACAGCAAGCUCAACAAAUCAUAACCACAGCAAAUCAACCCGCCGCUACUCAGAUCCAUAUCCAGCAACAUCAACAGCUUGCUCAGGCUCAACAACAACUGCAGCAACAAGUCCAAGUUCAGCAACAGCAGCAGCAACAACAGCAGGCACAGCAAAUAACUAUCAACAAUAGUGUCGUAUCGUCGCUUCCUCUGCCCACCAUCACUCCGCCGCCACAGCUAACGCACCAUCAGAGUGUGGUCAACGCUCUAGCGAGCAAACAUCGGCGGAGAUCGGCCGCCGACUUGAAUAAGUAAGCUCACACUUCCUCCGACUGUUGAAGAGUAAGUUGAUUCUUCAUUAAUCCCACAUUACAUGGAACAGCAGUAACGCGCUUCUCACCUUAGUCAACUCCAACACACACACCCCCC